UGGCAACAUCGAGCAGGCAAACACCGAAUAUUUAUGCAUUUAACCACACUUACCCUUUUAUUAUUCUUUACGAAAAAACGACAUGCUGGCAUCCAAAGAAGACUAAACAUAACAAUGUCCUCUCAGUGCGCUUUCAAGCUUCUCUCCCUCGUUAGCUUAGCUUGUUAGCUGCUAACAAAGAGAAGCGGAAGUUAGCAUCACAUGCUAAGUGUUGUUAUUGUUUGUGGACGGUAUCGAAUGAUCGACUGUCUUCUGGCGCUGAAGGAAUAUUUGUAGUGUUAUCAAGAACGAUGUCGGAGUACGAGGAGGAACUUUCUCGAACAAAAGAUGAGAAAAAGCGUCAACAAACGGACGCUGUUUUCAAGCCUCAAAUGGAGUCACUCAGACCAGCUCCGAAGGUCCAUUUCAUUCAUGAAGAUGCUUUGAAUAAUCAAGGGAAGGCAGUGGAGAUUUCAGCGAGGAAGAUUUCCCCCCUGAGCAGCACGAGUGGAGCUCUUGGGUGGAGCAGGAGGAGCCCCGCAUUAAAGAGGAGGACGACGAGGAGGAGGAGCUUGUGCCAGCCCACAUUAAAGAGGAAGAGGAGGAACACAGCAUCAGUCAGGAAGAAAUGGAGGAGACCGACGUAUUCAAGCUUCCAGUGAUUUGUGUGAUUGUGAAGAGUGAAGACGAUGAAGGUCAGGGGUCACAGCUUGAGUCUAGUCAAAGCGAGGAGAGGAUGGAGGCGGAGCUUCCAUGCAGCAGCUCAAGAUGCAUGACAGGAGAAGCUGACUAUGAAGGAUCAGAAGCAGACAGCACCGUAGCUCCGCUAUCCAAAAGAGAUGACACGACGUCACCCACUCGUGACACUGAUGAUGAAGACUCUAAAGCGGACAUGACGGGCCACACGUUCAGCUGUUCAUUUUGUGGCAAAGGCUUCUCUCAAAAGGGCAAUUUGAUAACACACACAAGAACGCACACCGGAGACAAACCCUUCAGCUGCUCCGUUUGCGGCGAACAUUUCACUCAAAAGGGCAAUUUAAUGAGACACAGAAGAAAGCACGUCGACGAGAAACCGUUUGCCUGCUCAGUUUGCUGCAAAAGAUUCACCCAGAAAAGCAAUUUGAUCACGCACGAAAGAAAGCACAACGGCGAGAAACCAUUUUCCUGCUCGGUUUGUGGCAAAAAGUUUUCCGUGAAGGGAAAUUUGAACGCACACGCAAGAACGCACACUGGUGAGAAACCGUUCAGCUGCUCAGUUUGCGGGGAAAGGUUCUCUCAAAAAGGCAAUUUGAUGGCACACCAAAGGAAACACAACGGGGAAAAACCCUUCGCCUGCUCCUUUUGCAGUAAAAUGUUUCCCGUAAAAGGGAAUUUGUUAACACACAUAAGAACGCACACCGGAGAUAAACCGUUCUGUUGCUCAUUCUGCGACAAAAGGUUCUCGUCAAAGGACAGUUUAAAAGCACACAUAACGAUACACACGGGAGAGAAACCGUUCUCUUGCUUAGUUUGUGGCAAAACCUUCCCUCUGAGGGGGAAGUUGAUGAAGCACACGCGAACACACACCGGAGAGCAACCGUUUUCCUGCUCCUUUUGUGGUAAAAGAUUCUCUGUGAAGCGAAGUUUGGAAGCGCACACGACAACUCACACCGGUGAGAAACCAUUCAGCUGCAAUGUGUGCGAUAAAAGGUUCUCCUACAAGUACGACAUCACCAGACACAAGUGCGCCGGCGAGAAGAGCAGCGCUACAUAACGAGAUAUGACAAUUCCUCGGGAAAUUGUGCGUGAAUGCAGUCGACGCUGACGCCGAACUGCAAUGCUGUCAAACGACGAAAAAAAACGAAAUGCAGAUGAAAUUGUUUACGCCAGCCAGCAUCAAGUACCAAGUUAUACGACUCUGAGGUGUACACCUGCUGAAGAGGUGAUGUAAUGCUAAUGUUAUCAUGCUAACAAUUGGCAUAUGUCAAGUGCUAAUAUGACUCUGAGAAAAACUGUUACAAAAAAUGCCCAAACAGUUAGCAUGCUAAUGUUAAAAUGCUAACAUUUAGUUAUUUGACUGAGGUGUAUGGAGGAAAAAAUGGCUAAUAUUAGCAUUCUGACAAUUGGAGUUAAAUAGUUCUGAGAAGUACAGUGGAAAAAUUGGCUGAAAAAAGUUAGCAUGCUAAUUUUAGUAUGCUAAUGUGAGCAUGCUAACAGCACGUGCCACGUACAAAAUGAUAUAUUCGUUGGCAAAAUUGGCUAAAAAGGCUAGCUUGCUGAUAUUAGCAUGCUAACAUUUAGCAUAUGUAACAUUCCCUGGUGCUGAUGUGUGCUUCUUCGAUUAAUACCAGAAUGACAACGGUUACUGCAACAUCACUGAAUUAUUUUCAUAUUCGUAGGUGGAAUACCAAUGAUCUAAUCCAGGGUCAAGCUGUUAGAAGUCACAUAUCAACAUUCAUUCAAGUGUAAAAAGAGGUUAACCAAUAUUUAUAAUAAAAUCAGUCAAUGUGUACUCGUCCUUUUGUGACACACAACAAAUGUUGAGAGUGUUAUUGUCAGGUUCCAACACUGAUGACAUCUUUUAAACAAGACAAGAAGCAAAGAAUCAAACAGAGACAGAAUUCAAUUUGGCUCAAUGUUGAGGAGAGUCGCCUGGACACUGUACCCUUGCACAAUUUCCAGCACGCUCUGCCAAAAGAUUGCACGCCUCCUUCUUUUAUUUUUAUUUUGUACCCUCCCCGACCACAUGGCCACAGCUGCUUCCAAAGGACAAAGGUCGCGAACAGUUCACAGAAAGGGUCGUAAACAGUUCACA